AUUAAUUUGUUGAUUGCUUUAUGAUAAUACAAAAUGUAAAGGUCCUGAGAAGAAUCCUCCGCAGCUUCUUCUCUCCCUCACAAUUGUACCAACUUUUUCAUCCUUCCAUUUUUUUUCUUUAUGAAUCAAUCAUUUGUAACCUCUCCUUACUCUAAUGGCUGCUUCUCUUUCCUUUCUCCUAAACUUAUCAUUAUUAUUAUUUCAAAUGCAAAGAGCUGGAUGGCCUUUUGGAGCCUUUCUUCUUCUCUUCCUCUCCUUGGCCUCCUGUCUCUCUUGCUUUCCCACCAAACCCCCUUGACCACCACCACCUACGUUCACCUUGACAUUGUACGUGAUCCUGCUGAUGAGGUGUCAGAUGGACGGGUUGGGUCAAACUCUUCUGUCUUCCGCGAGGCCCCUGCUUUUCGCAAUGGGGAGACUUGCGGAAAUUUGGGCACGGACCGGAUACACGUGGCCAUGACACUUGAUGCUAAUUACUUGAGAGGUACUAUGGCUGCGGUGUUAUCGAUUCUCCAACAUUCAACAUGCCCUGAAGAUUUAACAUUUCAUUUCCUAUGGGUAAGACAUGAACCUGAGGUAUUCACAAGCAUUAAGUCCACAUUUCCCUACCUCAACUUUAAGGUGUACCGGUUUGAUGUCCACAGGGUCCGUGGCCUAAUUUCCAAGUCUAUACGUCAAGCUUUAGACCAACCCUUGAAUUACGCGAGAACUUAUUUGGCUAACUUGAUUCCCAAUGAGGUAAAACGCGUAAUUUAUCUUGACUCUGACCUUGUCAUGGUUGAUGACAUCGCGAAAUUAUGGAAGGUUGAUUUAGGUGAUAAGGUUUUGGCUGCACCUGAAUAUUGUCAAGCGAAUUUCACCUGUUACUUCACCGAGACAUUCUGGUCUGAUCCAUAUAUGCCUAGAACGUUUGAGGGGCGAAAGCCAUGUUAUUUUAAUACAGGGGUGAUGGUAAUGGAUGUGGAUAAGUGGAGACAUGGAAAUUAUACUAAGAAAGUUGAGGACUGGAUGAUUGUGCAGAAGCAAAAGAGGAUAUACCAAUUGGGCUCUUUGCCUCCAUACUUGCUUGUUUUGGCAGGAAAUAUAAUGCCAAUUGAUCAUAGAUGGAACCAACAUGGAUUAGGUGGUGAUAAUGUUGAAGGUAAAUGCAGGGAAUUGCAUCCUGGUCCUAUUAGCCUUCUUCAUUGGAGUGGCAAAGGCAAGCCGUGGUUGAGAUUGGAUUCAAGAAAACCAUGUAGUGUUGAUCAUCUGUGGGCUCCCUACGAUCUUUAUCGUUCCUCUAGACAUUCAUUUGAGGAGUAACAUGUCACAAAGGCGGAUCCAGGAUAUAUAAAUAUUUAGUGAAUUUCCUAACACAAAUACAAGAUUUGAGCAAAAGCUGCUGGGUUAACAUGAACUCACAAGUUACCCUGUAGAUCCGCCCCUUGAUGCUCAAUCCAUGGAACACACGCUGAAAUAUAUAUAGAUAUAAGGUUUGAGGGAAGCAUGUUUUGCAUUAGGAAGAGAAGCAAGCAUCAGAUAAGAAAAAGAAAAGGAAAAAAAAAAAAAAAAAAAAAAAAAGAGAGAAGAAGAAUAAA